AUGUUUGCUAUUUAAUCCUUUAAUUCAAAAGAUAGUUUAGAUGAAUUUCUACCUAUGUUUCAUAACAAAGAUAAUAAAAAAGCUGCUCUUUAUCAAAUAGAAUAGAACAUCAUCACAUAUUUAAAGCAACUAGGUAUAAUUAUGAAAACUGAUCCACUUAAAAAAUAAUAAGAACAUCAUUAGUAAAUAUUUUAACUAGACUAUAUAUUAGAAAAACUAAAAUAAUUGAAGUAUUCGUUUCCAAGGAUGAAAAUGAUAGUUCAGAUGAAGAAGAAACAUUCCUAUCAACAACUGAAGUAAGUCCCUCAGAAGUAAAUGUAAAGGAACUUUGCAUUUUUAAUAAUCCACUAGUAUUAAAAGGAAGAAAGUUAGACUUAGGAAGAAAACAUUCUUUUGAGAACUUGGAUCUUUAAUGAAAGUUUGAU